UGGAGACUGCAAAGAGGAGGAGGAGGAGGAGGGAGAGGCCACCCGCGCAGGGAGCCCAGGGCUUAGCGGCCACUCCACCACCGAUGCCCGCUGCUCCUCUCUCCUGGCCUUCCGUCCUGCCAUGUGCGGCUCCUGGGGCACAAUCCUGCUGGGGAUGAUGAUGAUGCUGCUGCUGCUCAGCACCAAGGCCAGCCCAGGCUCCUCCGAACCAGUGAAUCCCUGCUGCUCUUUCCCAUGCCAGAACAAAGGCGUGUGCGUCCGCACCGGCGUGUCCGGCUACGAGUGCGAUUGCACCCGGACCGGUUACUACGGCACCAACUGCACUGUGCCCGAAUUCUGGACGCGCCUCCAUGACGCCGUGCGGCCCUCGCCCGCCUUCUACCACUUCAUCCUGACCCAUUUCAAGUGGUUCUGGGACGUCAUCAACAACACGUUCAUCCGGGAUACCUUGAUGAGGCUGGUGCUGACCAUGCGGGCCAACCUCAUUCCCAGCCCGCCCACCUACAACUCCAGGUACGGCUACCUCAGCUGGGAGUCCUAUUCCAACCUGAGCUACUUCACCCGCGUCCUGCCGCCGGUGCCCACCGACUGCCCCACGCCCAUGGGCACCAAAGGGCCGUCGCCGCUCCCGGACCCGCAGGUCGUGGUUGAGCGUCUCCUGCUCCGCCGGACCUUCCGACCGGCCCCGCAGGGCACCAACCUGAUGUUCGCCUUCUUCGCCCAGCACUUCACCCACCAGGUCUUCAAGACCUCCGGCAAGAUGGGGCACGGCUUCACCAGGGCCCUGGGACACGGGGUGGACCUGGGACACAUUUAUGGGGACAACCUGGACCGGCAGCACCAGCUCCGGCUCUUUCGGGACGGGAUGCUCAAGUACCAGAUGGUCAAGGGGGAGAUGUACCCGCCCUCGGUGGAGGAGGCCCCGGUGCACAUGAUCUACCCGGCGCACGUCCCGCCCGAGGCCCGCCUGGCGGUGGGGCAGGAGGUCUUUGGCCUGCUCCCGGGACUCAUGAUGUUCGCCACCAUCUGGCUGCGCGAGCACAACCGGGUCGCCGCCCUCCUCAAGGACGAGCACCCCGCCUGGGACGACGAGCAGCUCUUCCAGACCGCCAGGCUCAUCCUCAUUGGGGAGACCAUCAAAAUCGUCAUCGAGGACUACGUCCAGCACCUCAGCGGCUACUACCUGCAGCUGAAGUUCGACCCGGAGCUGCUCUUUGGGGCGCAGUUCCAGUACCACAACCGCAUUGCGGUGGAGUUCAACCAGCUCUACCACUGGCACCCGCUCAUGCCGGACACCUUCCGGGUCCAGGGCCAGGAGUACAGCUACGAGCAAUUCAUUUACAACACCUCCAUGCUGACCGACUACGGCGUGGGCGCCCUGGUCGAGGCCUUCUCCAAACAACGGGCUGGCCAGAUCGGUGGGGUGCCGAACCUCCACAGAAACCUCCUGAAAGUAGCCACGGGGGCCAUUGAGGAGUCCAGGCUGCUGCGCCUCCAGCCCUUCAACGAGUACCGGAAGCGGUUCAACCUGAAGCCCUACACGUCCUUCCAAGAGCUGACAGGGGACGAGGCGUCGGCAUCUGCCUUGGAGGAGCUGUACGGCGACAUCGACGCAGUGGAGUUCUACCCGGGGAUGCUGGUGGAGAAGGCGCAGCCGCGGGCCAUCUUUGGGGAGAGCAUGGUGGAGAUCGGGGCGCCCUUCUCCCUGAAGGGCCUGCUGGGGAACCCCAUCUGCUCCCCCGAGUACUGGAAGCCCAGCACCUUCGGCGGGGAGACCGGCUUCCGGCUGGUGAAGACCACCACGUUCCGGGACCUGGUCUGCCGCAACCUCAAGGCCAAGGAGGAGAAGGAGUGUCCCUACGUGGCCUUCCAGGUCCCCGAGACGGCCCUCGAGGCGGAGGGCGCGGAGAGGAAGGAGCUGUAGGGUGGCCCUUCCUCCCAGGAAGGAGGGAAGAGAGACACACGCCCACGAGACCUGGGGAAUGCUUCCUUGGGGGACCACAACUCCCAUCAUCCCCCGGGCUGGGUCAGGAAGGACACGGCAGGCGGAACUAUGCUUGGCACAGGUUGGCUUUUCUAAUAAAGAAGGUGGUUUUGCUAAUGCUUCAA